CUUAUUACUAUUAGUAUCAAUUUACUGCCGCAAUAACAAUCAACAAGGAUUUGCCUACUGUGAAAAGAGAUUAAAUUCGAUUUCAAAGAAAACAGGUGGUAUUCUGUGAUGAUAUUUUGAAUCUUUUUUUAUCUGUUAACAAACCGAUUCAACGUGUUAUGAGAUUUAUGAUUACCAGCAACCAUUGGCGUUAGUCAUAGGUACAUACAUACAAGGAAAAGGUGCAAAAUGCCUUCGGAUUCCAAUCACAUCGACCUCAAAAUCGCAACAACCCAAGACAAAGACCAAAUCAUCCGCUUCCUAAGAACAUUCUUCUACAAAGACGAACCGUUGAACCAAUCCAUAGGCCUCGUUACCCCAAAAGAACCGAUCCACGAAGAAGCUGAGGCAUUCUCCAUGAUCAAUUUCGAUCGAGGACUAUCAGUUCUAGCCCUGGAUAAAAAAAAAUUGAUCGGAGUUUGCUUGAGCGAUGUGAUAGACAGAAAUCAUAAGGAUGCGCUUCCGGAAGUUGAAGAUGAGAGAUUUGCUAAGCUGAUAGGCCUCUUUGAUCGUCUAGCCAAUGAGACGAAAAUUUUCGAGGAGUUUCCCCAUGCUGACAGAGGGGUUGUGAUAAAUGUAUUGUCGGUCGAUGAAUCUUAUAGGGGACAGGGGAUUGCCAAGAGGAUGCUGAAUAGGAUCAGGGAUUUGGGCAAAGAAAAUCAUUGUGGUUUCAUAAAGAUGGACUGUACGAGCCUUUAUUCAGCAUCAGCAGCUAAAUCUCUAGGUUUCAAGCUCCUCUAUUCUUUGGAUUAUUCCGACUAUCUUGUAAAUGAUGAAGUAGUUUUCCGACCGAAACUACCACAUAUCGCUGCCACUGUAUACGCACAAAAUAUCGACCAUAGUACAGGGUGAUUA